AUGUCAUCUGUAAUGCAUUGCGUUUUAGCAAGGGAAUGGCAGGAAGCUCAGACACACACAACAAAAGGCCAACACAGAAGGAACAACCUAAACGAUAACAAUGGGACUGGGGCUAUCUCUCUGUUUACGGAUGCAGCUUGGAGAUCUCAAGAUAGGACUGCAGGGUGUGGCUGGAUCAGCUAUGACCCAUGGACUGGAGAAACGAGAGAAGGCAUUUCUACGGAACUCUUUGUCGCCUCACCCCUAAUGGCCGAAGCACUGGCGGUACGGGAAGCACUCCUACAAGCUAGGGCCCUUCAUCUAUCCAAUAUAUGUCUCAAAUCAGAUAACCAGGUGCUUAUCAAAGCACUCAUCUCGAAACAACAUCCGGUGGAGCUCUACGGAAUCAACUUGGAUAUCAAGAAUAUAUCAUCAUCUUUCUUGUCUAUUUCUUUUGCUUAUGUCCCUCGAGAAUCAAACUCUGCUGCAGACGCUCUAGCGAAAUCUGCCUUGUAUCACGCAAACUCUAUGCUUCGCUUUUAA